AUGCCUCGUACAUUUGAGGAGGAAUGCGCCUUCAUCGAACGAGUAUCGGAAUGCGUUGGUGGAUUCCUCCCUGCUGUUCGCCAAUUGGGCAACGUUGCUGCUCUGCCUGGAAUUGUUGGUCACUCGAUUGGGCUUCCUGACAUUCAUUCAGGAUACGGGUUUUCUAUUGGUAAUAUCGCGGCAUUUGAUGUUUCGGACAAGAAGUCAGUGAUAUCGCCA